CCAUCUGCUCCCGGUUCACCUUCCCACCACUCCGCAGGUGUCAUUGGCAGGAGCUGGAGUGUACCGGUGGCGCAUUACAGGAAGUACAGGUCACGAGGCAAAGGGAGAGGCGCUUCAGGGGUAAACUACGGCGAAGUUACGGGAUUACAUUAGCGAGAACUGAAGAUGGAGAGUAGGAACCCAAAGCCCAUCCUGCAGGACUCCCCAGCGCCUUGCAUCAGCACUUCCCAGGAGACACAAGACGCUACACCCUCACCCCAGAACACCCCAGCCACUUGCCCCAUCCCCAUCCCUACCGAGCCGUCCCCCGCCCCCUGGGACUCGAGGGGAGCGCUGCAGGGGGCUCAGGACGGGGGCGGCGGCACUCCCACGGGGGCGUCACGCUUGGAGGAGGUUCAGGUCACUCCCCCAACCUCGCUCACUCGGAGUGCAAAGAGUCGUGUUAGUUUGGUGUCCAUGUGUCGGAUUUGUCAUGAAGGGGAGGCCAAUGGGGCGCUCAUGAGACCUUGCAAGUGCUCAGGAACUAUGGCAUCCGUGCACCGAGUCUGCCUGGAGCGCUGGCUGAACCUGGCGACGAGCGAGAAGUGCGAGCUGUGUGGCCACCGCUACAAUCUGCGCUACACGUCCAGGCCUUUCUGGGAGUUUCUGAUAAAAUGUGACAACGAUGAGGCACGCCGCGCCCUCAAGGUGGACCUGGUGUGCCUCCUGGUGCUGACUCCCAUGGCUGUGCUGUCCGUGUACCUGUGCAGUGCGGGCGCCCUCCAAUACCUGCGAGAGAACCAUGUGUCCUUCGCUAUUUUCACGGAUGACCCCAACAGUCUGCACGCGAGUAGGUCUGGACGCCUUGAAGAAAAGGACAGUAUGGGGUCGGAGCCGAUAAAGGCAGGCUGGGAGGCGAUGGUGCUGUUGGGGGUGGCGGUGGUGCUGGUGCUUAUCUACACCUGCUGGGCCUCCUUCACCUUGAAGUACCACGUGAAGGUGUGGCGCCAGUGGAGAGUGGUGCACCAAGACGUGGCUUUGGACUGUACCACGCCCACGCCACGCCACCAAUCCUCAGCUCAAGACCCUGAGAGUCCCCCCACGCCCACCACAGGCCCCGCCUACCACGCCCACCAAUCCCAUUACCCUUUAAACGCCUUGCGUUUCCUUCCCGAGGCCGCGCCUUGAGGGAUUUGUCAUACUCCUCACAGUUUUCUUUAACCUCCCUUUUGGUUUAUCCGUUUUCUAUCAUGCUCCUUGUAUUUUCUCCGUUUUCUGUCAUGAUCUCUUACUUUUUGUAUAGAUAUUUGCAUUAUGGUUUUUUCACUAACUUUUUUAUAUUUCUUCUCGCUUCCAUCUUUGCACCUCUUACUCCUCUUCUCCUUUGUAUCUUCCUCUCCUUAUAUUUUUGCUCUUCACGCUUUUUUUUUCUUUUUUGUACUUAUUUCGUAUAUUCUUUUGUAUGUUUCCUAUGCAUAAACCCUUGUACUCUUAAUGGACCUCUUAGCAGCCUAUUGCUCUAAUCUCGCCCAGCACAAAGCUAAAAAGUGAUAAUUAGUAAUAAUAAUAAUAACUGUAGUAAUGAUAUAGACUGGUAAGAUAGUUAUUUUUGGCUUUUAAUUAAUUAAUACAUCCGCCUUUUAUAUUUUUGUACGUACCAACGUGGAUGUGAGAUUGUAUAUAUUUUUAAACAUGAAUAAUAAUAAAUGAAUUUCUUAGUC